AUGGAUGAACGUGUUCUACUGGCUGUCCCUCUUAAUCAUUCACUGGCUAUUAAAUACAAAGGAAAGAAGAAAAUUUCCUUUAGAGAGCUGCAUAAUAUGCCUGUAGUGACAUUGCAAAAGACAAGAAAGAUGCGGUAUAUUUUUGAUGAGCUGUGUGAACGUACUAGUACAGUGCCAGAAAUUGUCUUUGAAGCUAACAGUAUCGUACUUGCAGCGGAGUUAACUAUUAAUGAUGUUGGACCUACUUUAAUUACUGAUACCAUGCUGCAAGAGGAAGGCCGUGGUAUCGGCGAAGGUGUACAUGCUGGUGUAUAUCUUGAUUUCCGUCAGAUUAAGCCGGAGAUUAUAUUGGAGCGUCUGGGACAGGUUCGUGACCUGGCAUACCGCUUUGCUGGCGUAGAUAUUAUCAAGGAGCCAGUUCUGAUUUCUCCAACCUGUCAUUAUUCUAUGGGCGGUUUGGAAAUGGCAGACUUUAAGACUGGUGCAUCUCGCGUUGAGGGCGUAUUUGUGGCUGGUGAGUGCAGCAGUGUAUCUAUUCAUGGUGCAAACCGUCUUGGUGCAAAUUCCCUUUCUGAGGUUCUGGUAUUUGGUCAUGUAGCUGGUGAUGGUGCAGCUGGCGAAGCAUAUACUUCCAUGCAGAAGGUAUGUGAAAAGUUAGACAUAGAGUUAGAAGAAAUUCCUAAUUGGACCUGCUGUGGUGCUUCUCAUGCACAGGGCGUAAAUGAUUUUGCAGCAUUGGUUGUAAAUGCUAGAAAUAUUUCUAUCGCAGAAAACAUGGGGCUGCCUAUUAUGACAGUCUGCAACACCUGUACCCUGCAGCUGCGUAAUGCCAAAAAGCGUCUGGAUAGUGACCAGGCUUUAAAGGAUAAGGUAAAUGGCAUACUUAAGGACAGCGGUCAUCCAUACGAAUAUAAGGGGACAGCUGAAAUUACACAUUUCCUGUGGGUGUUGGACAAGAAUCCAGAGAUUUUGAAUGGAAAGGUAACAAAGCCUCUUACUGGUGUUAAGGUAGCCGCAUAUUAUGGCUGUCAUAUUCUCCGCCCUAAUGAUGUAAUGAAUUAUGAGGAUGGCAAGAAUACAUAUUCCUUUGAAAAGCUGGUAAAGGCUUUGGGCGCAGACCCAGUACCUUUUGAUGAAAGCCGUCUUUGCUGUGGCUUCCAUGCACUUUACCCAGCAGAAGAUGAUGUAAUGCGUGCAGUCGGCAAGAUUAUCACCAGUGCAGACAAGGCUCAGGCACAGGUAAUCGUUACUCCAUGUCCACUUUGUCAGAUGCAGUUUGACAUGUACGGUGAUGAAGGUGUCAGCACUGUAGGUACUGCCUCCGAAUUGCCAAUUCUUCACUUGCAGCAGUUAGUAGGUUUGGCGUUAGGCUUCACCAAGGAGGAGAUGGGCUUUGACAGACAUCUUUACGGAGGCGUAGUUAUGUUUGGUUUAGGUGUACCUGAGUUAGCUCUUAUUUUGCUUAUCGGUUUAGUUGUAUUUGGUGCAGGAAAAUUACCAGAGGUUGGGCGUGCCUUCGGUAAAAGUAUUCGUGAAUUUAAGGAAGCCACUACUGAGGACUCCAAGAUGAUUAAUGUUACCGAGAACGAUAAGGAAAGCAAGAAUGUCUGA